GAUAGAGAGUCAGUGGCAAGGGUACAAUCCGGAGGGGUUCCAAGGAAAUACCAAGCACGGAACUUUACAGUUAUCCCGUUUCGGAGGAGAUACCGGCCUGGGGCAAGGGGGCCAGCAUGAUGGAGAUCGAGAUACCCCUUCCACUGCAGUCACAACAGGAUUUGGAUCUGAUUGAUAUUCUUUGGAAGCAAGACAUUGAUCUUGGUGUUAGCCGUGAGGUUUUUGACUAUAAUCAAAGACAUAAGGAAAAUGAAUUGGAGAAACAGAAGAAGCUCGAAAAGGAGAGACAAGAGCAGCUGCAGAAGGAACAGGAAAAAGCUCUCUACGCCCAACUGCAAUUAGAUGAAGAGACAGGGGAAUUCAUCCCAGUCCAACAGGCCACACCUAUUGAGACUACGGAAGUCACACAGGCCCUUGCCACAUCCAUCCAGGACAAACCCAGUGCAGUACAUGAAUUGUCCUUUGAUGAAUGCUUGAAGAUUUUGGCUGAUACAUUCCAGUUAGGGAUAACUAAUGAGGAUUCCUCUAUUGCAUACCAGACCCUGCAACCCAAUGCUCCUAUUGAAACAAACCAAAACUUCCUCCAGUCUGAUCCAAAUUCAGUAGCAGCAGGCACACUGAGCAGCAUACCUGCGGAAGGAGAGAAUUUGAAUGAAAUAAAUCAGGCUUGGGAGGAGUUAUUGUCUAUUCCUGAGUUGCAGUGCCUUAACAAUGAAAUUGAUAACAUGGUGGACCUGAGCAUGUAUCCAAAUCCAGAAUCCAUCACAAUGACAGAAUCCCCAGACACCUACAGCUUCCUCAAUCCAUUGUCCGCCAUUGCAAAACCACAUGAAAUUAACACUUCUGUUGUCUCCAAUGACUUUGUGGAUACGUUUGCUAGUAGUGUACCUUCAGUAAACACAAAUGCACCCUUUAAUGUUGAAACUUUCUGUGAUGAUAUAUUUACCCUUGUUGACCCAAAAGUCACCAAUAUUGUGCCUUUAACGAACAAUUCAGGCCAGUUGUUAAACGAGCUUUUGAAUGAUAAUGUUGAUAUUACAGACUUGUCAUUAUGUAAAGCUUUUAAUGGGAGCAACCAACCAGAGUUCAAUGAUUCUGAUUCUGGUGUUUCUGUCAAUACCAGUCCAUGUGCAACAUCACCUUCCCAGUCUAUUGGUGGUUCUGCCUUUGACGAACCUCAUUAUGGUUACAGUGAUUCAGAUAUGGAAGAUAUGGACAGCACUCCAGAGGCGGCACAGCAAAAACCUCCAGACAAUUUUAUCGCACCAUUUACAGAGGACACAUACUUUACUCUUUCGCCUUUUGUUUCACAAGACACGGAUCCCUUUGAAAUUGAAGCUUACGACUCUCCAGCAAAAGAGAUACCUGCUAGCCCUGGCUACAGCAAGGCUCCAUUUGCCAAGGACAAGUCUUUAAACCGCCAGGAAGCUCGUUUCACCAGAGACACCCAAAGAGCAAAGGUUCUCAACAUACCAUUCUCUGUUGAUAAAAUAGUAAACCUUCCUGUGGACAGCUUCAAUGAGAUGAUGUCCAAGUAUCAGUUUAACAAGGCCCAGCUUGCCCUCAUAAGGGACAUAAGGAGGCGUGGCAAAAAUAAAGUAGCAGCUCAGAAUUGUCGGAAGAGGAAGAUGGAGAACAUUGUGGAGUUGGAGACUGAUCUAGACAAGCUUAAAUAUGAAAAAGAGAAGUUACUUUCUGAACGAGGAGCGUACAACAACAGCCUUAGUCAAAUGAAGAAGAAGCUUGGCACUCUGUACAUGGAGGUCUUUAAUAAGCUGCAAGAUGAGAAUGGGAAGCCAUACUCCCCUCAUGAAUACUCCCUUCAGCAGACAAAAGAGGGAAACAUUUUCCUUGUUCCAAAAACCAAGAAAGUUAGCAUAAAGAAGGAAUAGCAAAUAUAUAUAUAUAUAUAUAUAUAUAUAUAUAUAUAAAUAAUAUUUUUAAUGUAUUUUCUGAGGUAGGAUGCCAAUGUUUGCCUAAAGCAGGUGACUGGGAUGCGCAUACGAAAUAGCUCGCCAGAACUAGUCUUUGUACUGUAGCACUUAUACCGGGGCAGGGAUAAAAAAAAACAACUACACAAAUUAGUCUUAUGCAGUCAAUAUUUACCUAAUUAGACCAGACGAAACCCAAUUAAAUGUGCAGUGUUUCAAUUUGCAACCUAAUAACGAGUGUUUAGGUAAAACUGGUAUGUUUAACAAACUUACAUAGCUGUUAAUAUAUGUACUUUCAGAAACAUUUCCAAUAUACCAGAUUUCUAAAAUAAACUCAUUAGUGUUUUCUGCAAAAUCCAGCCUCGGAGUGGCUUGCAAGACAGAUGGGCAUUAGUGGAUGCGACUUCUGCAGGUUCAGACAUUUUUAUUUUCGGUAUUAAAUAUCGUUUCCAUAUAUCUUGCACUUUUUUUUAAUUUCAGUAGUCAAAAAUCUGAAAAUAUUUGGUAUUUAGAAGAUAUAUCAGGCGACAGACAUCUCACAUAAAAUCUGCAGUCUUUUCUUGAACUUACUAUAUUUCCUUAUUGCGGCACUGUCUUUCUAAAUAACUGUAAAUAUUUCAAUACAUCAUAUUUAUGUAUAUAUAAUUCCUAUUUUAUUUGCUAAGAAAUGUACCAAAAAUAAAUUUAGUACAUUAAAUAUCAUUUGCGGCAAAUUGUUUGUAACUGCUGAUUCUUUUAUAGAGCGUUUUAUUUCUUUUUACUCUUUAAAUUUUUUUUUUUCUUUUAAAAUAGUUUUCAUUUAACAAAACAGGUGACUGUUAAUAAAGCAUAACAUCAUUUUU